UUUCUAUGACAAUAUCAAUGUGAUCGCAUGAUCUCUUGUGCAAGUUAACCAGUGCUAAUUAAAACAUGUAUCCACUUCGAGUCUUACUUAAGUACUUACAAGACGUAAGUGGAGUGUUAAGAAUAUUACGCAUGUUGAUGAUUAAAAUUUGAUUAACCCAAGAGAUAGAAUUUUUUAUACAUGAUUGUAAAUAUUAACAUACACUUGUCAACCGGUACCAAAUAAAAUUUUCGGUAAAUGAAUUAAUUAACAAAAGAUAAUCCAAUUGUGCAUUUAAUCAUGGAAUGGACAAGGAUUUCACAAAUUCUUUGUAUGUUUGGUUUUCUUAAAGAAUUCAGACCAAGUGAGCCAUUUAUAUAUAAUUAUCUAACAAGUCAUGGAAAAAAUUUUACUGAUAAACAGGUGAACCAAGAAAUAUAUCCAAUUGCUACUUACAGUAAUUUUGCAACUUUAGUAGUAGUUUUUCUGUUGACUGAUUUUUUGAGAUAUAAACCGGUUAUUAUAUUAUGUGGUAUCUCAGGAAUUGCUGCAUACAUCAUUUUGAUUGUUGGAAACUCUAUUCCGAUUAUUCAAGUAGUAGAAUUUUUAUAUGGUUUAUAUUUUUCUACAGAAGUUGCUUACUAUACUUAUAUUUAUGCCAAAGUUGACAAAGAACAUUAUCAAAUUGUAUCAAGUUAUAUCAGAUCAGCUUUAUUAUUUGGAAGAUUUAUCACUGGUGUUGUAGCUCAAUUAACUAUUUCAUUUAGUAUCUUGAACUAUCAUGAGCUUAAUUAUCUCACAUUGCUAGGACAAGUGCUAGCUACAUUGUGGGCCGUCUUCCUUCCAUCAGUAAAACAAUCAGUAUAUUUUCACCGUCCUGAAGAUUCACCUGAUAAGGACGAUUGCAUAACUAAUUCAAGAGUGACAACUGAAGGCUUAUACCCUAAUCAAUCUUUUAUUCAAAAAACUAAACGAGCUUACUAUUUACUAUGGAAAGAUUUUAUAAAAGCUUAUACAAAUAUUCAUGUAUUGAAAUGGUCAUUUUGGUGGGCAGCAGCAAGUUGUGGAUAUUUACAAGUACUUAGUUACGCUCAAAUAAUUUGGGAGACAUGUGUUAAAACAGAUGACAUAAUUUAUAAUGGAGCAGUAGAGGCGUUUUAUACAAUAAUUGGUGGUCUCACGGUAUUUGGAGUUGGAAAACUACAAUUAAACUGGGAGUUACUUGGCGAAAUAAUUCUAUCAUUUUUCUCCAUCAUAGAAGCUAUUUUAUUAUUUUUUAUGACAAAAACCUAUAAUAUUUGGUUACAAUACACAUUAUAUAUAAUAUUUGGUGUCAUCUAUCAUACCAUUGUGACAAUCGCCAGUUUCGAAGUGGCAAAAAACAUAUCUGAAGAUAGUUUUGGCCUCAUCUUUGGGAUAAAUGUAUUUUUAGGAUUAACCUUCCAAAGUAUUUUAACAUUUAUAGUUAUCGGUGGAAAUCAUUUUUUACUAGAUAUCAGAGGCCAGUUUACAGUCUAUUCUGCAUAUUUUGGAGUACUUGGUGCCAUAUUUGGAGUCAUAGCAGUUUUUACAAUAACUUCAUUGUGUAGAAGACAAGAGAAGCUUACAAUAUGGACUGAAGUUAAAGAUGAUCGAAACAGUCAUUGAUGCUCAUCUAAUAGGCUGAAUUAAAUAAAUAUGGAAUUAAUUAUUAUAGUAUUUAUUAUUUGUAUUUUUAGUAUUUUCAUUACAGUAUUGUGAUUGUGAUAUGGAAAUAAUAUCUUUUUUUUGUUUCAUAGUUUAUUAUAGUUAUAAUAUUUGUUGAUAAAAUUAAUGGAUUUAUGUUACUUUUUAAAAGUAUAUUUUUUAUUAAAUUUUUAUAUAGUUCUAAAUCUAAAAGAUUCAGGAAUAAAGGGGAAAUAAUUUUAAACGUGAUUUUUCAUUAUUUUAUCCUUUUACAUUGUCACAUUAAUUUGAUAAAUUAAUCGCAAAGAGAAAGAUUUCCAUUGAAACAAUCAAGAAUUGUUAUUUAAUCGAUUUGUUGCUGUAAAGUAGUUAAAAAAAACAAUAAUGAUAAUUAUGACCUUGUCUCUAAAAUGAAUAUUUUUCUAACAUUAAAAUUUCCAAAUGCAUUAAAGUGUCUAGUCACGAAUGUGAAUAUUAUCCAAUGGAACAUCAAAAUAUGUCAGGUAAAUAGUUAAAAAUUAUGAUAAUUAUGUUAUUAAUUUUCUGUUAUAUUUAAUUAUAGGAAUUUUCUAUUUCCUUUCAGGAGUCUUCUGUUUUCUCCGGAUAUUUUGCAGUAUUUAAUAUGUUUAUUAUAAGCCCAUUCUCUAUAAUAACAAUGUUAUGUAAAACAAAAAGAAAGGAAAAGCCAGUAUCGGAGAUAAAAAAUCAUGGGAGCAAUUAUUUCCACUCAAAAAAUCAUAAAAGAGGUUGUUAUUUCCAAGAUUAUAUUCAAUAAAUUAUUCACAUACGAAAAAAUAAAAUUAAUUUGUCUCUAAUGGAGA